UACAAGUGGUCGUGUGAGUAAGUGGCUGACUAGAAAUACCGGACAAUAGUGAAACACGGCCUGUUGUCGGAUCUGUCCAUCUCCUUGGAUCAUGGGAUAAUUUUUCGAAGCCUUAUAUUAUGGUGCGGGAUACUCGACGCCAUCGAGGCCAAUGGCGGGGAUGCUACAGUUUUGAAGAAAUCAUAUGCGACGGUGGCAGCGGUGACGGGGAGAAAAGGAAUGGCGGGUUGAAGAUGGGACAUACCUACUAUUAUUAUUACGAGAUUGAUGGCACUUACGAGACUCAUGAUCCGGCCAUGCCCUCGACGACUCUUUGCCCUUAUUUGCCGGGACAGACGGUCAACACUCUCGAGGUCCCGAUGGAGCGCGUGUUACGGAAGCGGAGUGCUUCCCUCAGUUCCCUGCGGGAUAUCAAUUACAAGACUUUGAAUCCCCAAUACAAAUUUAUUGCCCUUCGACCGCAAACACCCCUUACAGGCCGACGUAUCCUUCGCUUAGGUUCCUCUCCGCCCUUGGAACGUCAACCGUCAUCGCGAUCUGGGGCCCGUUUGCCUUCAUUGCGUCGUUUUCUUUCUUGGAGAUCACCCACCCGAUCCGGUGAUCGACCCCACUGUGCUGCCUCAGUUGGCCGCUCCAUAUCCUCAGAGGUCUGCUCCGAUGGGGCGAGAAGCGUGGCAUCGUCUCAGGGGAAGCAGGACUGGAAGACCUUUCCCAAAUCCCCUAAACGCAUCCUCGCCCAGGAGAGGCCGGCAUCUGCGAGACCCAUCGACAGUAUAGGACGCUCGGGUACGUGCAUGCCUGGAGAACUCGCCGCCGAUGACGACGACAACGGAGAGGAAUAUAUCACCUUUGCGAUGCCCGACGAUGACCUCUACAGAACAAGUUUGUCGUCAGCCCGGCGGACAAGGUGUUGCACGAGCGCGAAAAUGCCAACAAACACCAACAACGCCCAGUGGAUUCUGACUUGCCCCAAUUCAUUACCGUCACAUUGGCCGCCAACGCCGUGGCCUUGUACGUCCUCUCGCGCUGGCAAUGGCACAUCUCCACUUUCGUCAUCGACCACUUCCAGCGCUGUUCCCGCAGCCGAACCUCGAUCUUCCGUCGAGGGGACGCCCUCUUUCUGCGACUCUCGGGACGAGAGUGAGGACACCACGCCCAAGGACGCGGUGCUGCGAUCCCACGACAUGUCGCGUCCCCGACUUGGGCAAUUAUACUUGGACAGGAAUGCCGUUGCGUUACCCGGCUACACUUCGCCUUUAGCGUCAACCGAAAGGGACUGCAAGUCUGGCCGGGGAUCCUCUGCUACACCCAGUCUGGCCGACUCAUCAGCGUUGACUUCCAGGCCAGAUGCAGCUGUGGCACUGGGCAAUGGUUGCCUCCUAGCCAGUCCGGUUGAUCAUGGCAUCGACGACUUUGUCGACGAGAUGAGCUACGUGUUCCGCAUUAUCCACUGACAUUGCUAGCACAUCGGAGGAGCCGUUAUCCCACGACAUUUUAUUACUAACCCGUUUCGUCGCAUCAUGUCUCCUCAAUACGUUCUUGAUUGCUAAUCGAGCUCGAUGGCGCCCUACAUCCGCGCCGACGGAGAAAGCAUGAAGAGUCUUGGAGUGGAG